GAUGAACUGGGUUAACGUUGUCACCAGUGUGUGUGCGAGACUGCAGAAACAUGGGGGAAGCGGAGACUGUGCCAUCAGACGAAAAACCAGCAGAAACUGGCGUCUGUACAGCCGAAGAAUCGAUUGUAUGGAGUCAGGAAGUCGAAGUGUGUCUUUUUCACGCCAUGCUCGGUCACAAACCCGUAGGGGUGAAUCGUCAUUUCCACAUGAUCUGUAUUCGUGAUAAGUUCAGUCAGAAUAUCGGCAGACAGGUGUCAUCUAAAGUUAUCUGGGAUCACCUGAGUACUAUGUAUGACAUGCAGGCUCUGCAUGAAUCAGAAAUACUUCCAUUUCCAAACACCGAAAAGAGCUUUGUGCUUCCAGAAGAGAUCAUACAGGACGUCAAGGAAGGUAAAGUGGGAUCUGAAGAUGACGUGAAGGAGGAGUUCAAAGAAGAGAGUGACCCUCCUGCAACCCACGAAGAAGGCAGCAAUUCCUCCGUGAAGACGUCGGAGAGGUCGAGCAGCGGGCGAGAGAAAGAGAGAGAGCGGGCCGAGAAGGGGGGCUCAGGUGAGUCGGGUGGCGGGACGAAGGAAUCGGCCGGGGAAAAAAGGAAGAGGAGCCGAGCCGUGGAGAAGGUGAUGAACUCCAGCAACCCCUCCAGUCCCGGAGGAGCCAAACGCCGCAGGACGUAACUGCAGCAGGCUGCACGAGGACACGGGACAUCAGACGGGGAAUAAAAAAAGACUGACAGACAGAGAAAGGUGUAGCUGAUAUUGGGCACACUAGAGCCGAUGUGAAGGUGAAAUGUGUGUGCACGUUUUCUGCAGUCAGGUUCACUAAGAGACGUUCUUGUGCUUGGAGAGUUCUGAGCUGUUCACAGACAGAGACGGCAGAAAUAUAGAGGAAGGAAAGUCUUUGCUGGUUGUGUAAGAUCAGACUAGACUAAUGGGAAAAGUAAGUAAUAUGCUUUCCUACACUGAGUUUGAGACAACACUGCAACCUUUUUUGUUUUUUAAGUGAAAACUGGGGAUUUUAAGUGGUAGCUCUAUUUUAUUUGUAUCCGAGCCAGCAUUCUUGAAACGGGCCAGAGGAUCAACUAGUUUGUCGUGUGAUUUUAUUAAGACCUAUACUGCAAAUAAGCUGAGCUUGGUGCCCAUUAUUAACUGUAACUAUUAGACGGUCAUUGAGCAAACGUUUAGGAAAUGGUAAAGAUUUUUUUUCACUGUUUCUGGGUCAAUGCUUGUUUGAAUUAUUGGACCGGUUGUGUACCGAAUAUAUCAGGAGUUAAACCCUGAUUAAACAAUCCUUAAGAACAA